AUGUUCCUCUUCUCCCGGAAGACCAAGACCCCAAUCAGCACCUACAGUGACUCCUACAGGGCUCCGACCUCCAUCAAGGAGGUCUAUAAGGACCCACCUCUAUGGCCCUGGGAAGCCAACAAGUUUGUGACCCCAGGCCUGACUCAGAGUAUGCAUCGCCAUGUGGACCCUGAGGCCCUGCAGAAGAUGGCCAAAUGUGCUGCACAGGAGUAUACCCACAAGCAUUCCCUAUCAGGCCACCCCUACUUACCUGAGAGAUACUGGCUUUCUGAAGAUGAAGAGGACAAUUGCUGUACAAGCUACCUGGACAAUGACUGGUGCAACCCAUGGAUGGCAGGUCCAUACAACAACUAUUGGAACAAGUUCACCACCUGUCUUCCCCCGCUGCCUAAGGAUGCCAGGGUGGAGACAGUACUGAAAGGAAAAGAAAUGCCGCUGGAGUACCCUCCUAAGCCGGAGCGCCUCAACGCCUACGAGCGCGAGGUGGUGGUGAACAUGCUGAACUCGCUGUCCCGGAACCGGACGCUGCCACAGAUUGCGCCCCGCUGCGGGUGCAUGGACCCUCUGCGAGGCCGCCUGCCGUUCCAGGGAUACGGAAGCGCUUGCUGCGGCCGCCACUACUGUUUGCGCGGGAUGGACUGCUGCGGCACCGCGGAGCCCAGCGCAGAACGCCACCGGCGGCCUCUCUGCCCUGAGCCCCCAUCGGGGGGUCUCAACCUGCGGUCCCUGGCCCGGAAUGCAAUGUGCUUUUACAACUCCCCUGCCAUCAUAUUACCCAUUUCCCAACCUUAGGUAAGUUUGGCGCAGGUACUUGCGUGCUGGAAGCAGUUCCUUUAGUGGGGGUAGCCCAGGAGACUAGCUGGGGUGGUAAAUGCUUGUUGCUGUGCACAGACAGGAAAUUAAAGCCAGAGGGCGCUCGGUUGCCGUGGGAAGUCAGUGGUUGCUAGAAACCAGAAAACCGCAGAGAGGCCCGCCUUGAGGGACUGAGUUGGCAGCAGGCCUAGACUCAAGGGAAUUGGGUUGAGGCUUUAUAUAAUGGGUAAGAAGUCAGGGUUGGAAGUUAUGGCUUGAGUAUCAGGAAUUCAGCGGUAGAGCUUGAAGCCAGUGUGCAGUCAGUGUCAGAGAUAAAAUGCUAGGAUGAGGUUAGUGUUAAGAAAUGGAGACAGAUUUGUUUCUCCUUGUAGAUGGGACACAAGUCACUUUAAGAAGACUGGUGGUCCCCAGAGAAACAACUAUGUCGUUCAU